CCGACCACCGCGCCAGCUGAUGCAGUGAGAGCCCGAGCACCGAGGCCGGAGGACGUCCGCAGCUCCCCUCAGGUUGGAUCACUGGCCGCGCUGGGAUCGAUUCACGGCGCCGCAUGUGCUCGCGCGCUCACUUCUAACCUCAAAAAGCCUACACUACGUUUACAUCCGAGCGGUAUAGUACUAGGAAAAGAAGGCUACGGCAUCGCCUGCAAAAAUGACGGAAAAAGAACUACUGAGGCAAAGUGACAGCACUUUCGCUCCACCAGAGACCAAAAACAGUGAGCGAGGCGGCCGAGUGACCAUAUGGGUUCUGGUCGCCCUGUUCACCGCCGUCGUGGGAUCCAGUGUUCCUGCGGGAUACAGCCUGGGAGUCAUCAACACCCCGCAAGAGAUCAUUCGCAGUUGGCUGCAGGUGACCGUUUACCAGCGCUAUGGCAUCACUCUCACGGCGAGCGAAGAAGUGUCUCUGUGGGCGGUGAUUGUGACCCUCUAUGUGGUUGGGGCCAUCAUAGGCGCGCCCAUUGGGGCAACUGUUGCUGAUAAAAUUGGAAGGCGCAUGGCUCUGCUGUUCAAUCACUUGUUGUUAUUGGCAACAGCCCUGGUUUUGGCCCUGUGCAAGGGUACAGGGUCAGUGGAAAUGCUGUUCAUUGGUCGCUUCACCUCAGGAUUAUGUUCAGGACUGUCCACGAGCCUGGUUCCUCUCUACCUGUCAGAAAUAGCCCCCGCCUCAUGGAAAGGAGUUAUGGGUGUCACCUUCCCAAUGGGCAUGUGCAUAGGUGUUCUUGUGUCACAAAUUAUGGGCAUGGAUAGUAUCCUGGGUACAAUUGAUCAUUGGAAUUACUUAUUAGCAGCAUAUGCUGUGUUUGUUGCUAUGGCACUUCUCCUUCACCCAGCACUCCCAGAAUCUCCAGCAUUUUGUUACAUUAAUGCACAGGAUGAAGUGAGAGGACGUAGGGAACUAAGACGUCUGUAUGGAAAGGAUGAUAAAUUUAUUGAGGCAGAGGAGACUGCUCUUAAGGUCAUGGCUGGUAUGAAAAACAAAGCACAAGAUGAGAGCAGUGGAUGGACCUUCUCUCAGAUGAUUUUGAACCCAAAAUAUCGAAUGUCAUUGGCUAUUGCAAUGGUCUUUAAUGCAGGCCAGCAGUUUUCUGGCAUCAAUGCAGUAUUCUUUUACUCAACUCUAAUCUUCCGAAGUGCUGGACUAGAUAUCCAACAGAGUCAAGGUGCAUCUAUAGGAGCUGGUGUAAUUAAUUGCAUAAUGGCUUUAGCUGCAGCACCCUUAAUCAAAUAUUGCAGAAGAAGAGUGCUUUUGAUGACAUCCAUAGUACUCUGCAUUGUCUGUCAAAUUGGGCUAAUGAUUUCUCUACAACUGAUAUCUGAACACCGCUCUGCUUCUUUCGUUGCCAUUGGUGCUCUCAUGGCAUAUGUCUUAUUCUAUGGCAUGGGUCUAGGACCUGUUCCUUUCAUGAUUGCAACUGAGCUAUUUCCAUCUGGCCCAAGAUCCGUUGGAAUUUCUAUUGGAAGUACAAGUAACUGGAUGAGUAACCUUGUCGUUGGUCUGACUUUCCCUCUUCUACAAGUGCAGUUUGGAGAAUUAUCCUUCUCAUUCUUUAUAGCAUCAUCUAUUUUGAUGUUUAUCUUUGUUUUUAGAUUCCUACCAGAAACACUUGGCAGAGACGAACCACCAUCACCUCAAUCAUCAUUUGAAUUUAUCACUGACAGUGACAAUUUGGAAACACCACCUUCAGACGUUCUAAAAAAUAUGAUUUAAAUGGUAACAAAAUCAUACAUUUACAUUUAAACUUAGAAAGGAAUGAUAAGAAUGUAAAGCACAAUUUCUUUAAUGGCAUCUCAGUUUUUAAGGGAUGUUUAGAUUUUUGUUUGAAAUAUGUGAAAAGAUAUCCUAAGAAAGUUAGUAAACACAUCUGGAAUGAUUAUUUGAAAUAUUUGCAAUAUGCAUUAUGAAAAAUUAAAAGAAUUUGGUGUAUUCCAAAACACAAUUGUAUGUGCUAAGUCAAAAAUAAUGUUUUACUUUUCAAAAAGAGCAAAAUCAGGGGUCCACAACAUAUAUACUUGAAUGUUUGAUAUACUUUGCUACUCUAUUAAUUUAUUUACGGAUUUACAGUGAAAAACAACUAAUGAUCUAAUAAAUGCAGUAUUCCUGGAAGAUAUGCAGUAUAUUUUAUAUUGAAUCACAAAAAUGUGCUUGUGAAAAGAUAAUGGAAAAUUUUAUGCGGUAUAAAUGAGCACACUAAAUACCACAGAGUAUAUAAUAUUUAAUGGAAAUAGAUCUGUUCUCUUAAAAUAAUCAAAAUAGGAAUGAUAUCAAGGUACUUUCUCCAUAGGUUGUUGUGCAUUUUAACACAAAUGGUUUUGUAGUACUGUUGCAUUUACAUAUUUCUUGUAAUAUGCUUUUUUGUCCUUUGUAAAUGACAAAAUUUGUCAUGUUCAAAUAUUCCCGUUUACAUGUUGUCUUCAAUGACUGUACAGUUUUAUUUAAUCUUGUUCCAUUUUCUACUUGUUCUUGUAAUUGUAUUGUGAUAAUUUUCAUAUUUUAAAUUUGAUAAUAGAAAAAGAGUAUAUAUACACAUAUAAUUGGAAUAUUACAUGUAAUGCCCCCAUAAUAAGAAAUUACCCAUGUUUUGGCUAAUUCUGAUAUAGUCAUCUUUUUAUUGCAGUUAUAUUACAUGUAUAAUAAGCUUUGACCAUAGCUACUUCAAAGAGAGAAUUUCAUGUGAGAAAAUAAUGUAUAGUUUUAUAUAAAUAGAGCUUUUAUAUAUUAUAGUCUUGAAAUGAGAAAUGGUUAUAGACAUUCAUAUUGAAUUGUAUUCUACUUCUUUCUGUUUGUAUACAAUGUUUUACAUUGUAUGUAGAAGUUGGCAUUUACAUCCAUUACUGCUUGUGUUCAUGUUUUCCAACAUGAUGUUGGGAAUUUACUUAAAUUUUGAUGCAUUUCAUUUAAAUGCAGUGUUUUCUACUUGAAAUAAAAUUUAAAAUAAA